AAAAAUGGCGCUGUCGAUAUGAGGUAUGGGAUCGGCAGCAUACGUGGAUGUUUGAGCAUAUGGAGCGGCGUCACGUUCGACGGGCAUCGUGAUAUGACACACGCGUUGAAUGUAUCGUGAGACACGGGGUGCACCGGCAUCUCGGCUUGCCUGAAAGGCGGUUUGGUCGGUGCCGUCCUCUUGGCAGAGCAGCACUUGUGAAGUUCUGGCAAGAUGCUCACAGCCUUUAAGAAGCUAGUGGGCAACAGCGGCGAUGGAGGAGGGGGCGCCGCUGGUGGAGGGAAGCACCAGCCCCCGUCGGGCAUGCAAGCCAUGGAGCAGAGCCUGCAAAAGCGCUUUGCUCGAGGUGUCCAGUACAACAUGAAGAUUGUCAUCAAGGGAGACCGCAAUGUGGGAAAGUCAUGUCUCUUGCUACGCUUGCAGGGUCAACCAUUCAAGGAAGAGUAUCUGCCCAGUGACGAGAUCCAGGUGGCAAGUAUCCAAUGGAGCUACAAGGCCACGGAUGACAUUGUCAAGGUGGAGGUCUGGGAUGUAGUGGACAAAGGCAAGAAGCGGAAGCCCAUCAAGGGUCUGAAGCUGGACAACUCGGUGGCUGAUGCUCAAGGGGUACCUGAGGAGGCUGCCCUGGAUGCAGAGUUUAUCGACGUGUACAAGGGCACAAACGGGGUUGUCAUGAUGCUAGACAUCACCAAACAGUGGACGUUCGACUAUGUGCAGCGCGAGCUGCCCAAAGUUCCGGCCAACAUUCCAGUUCUGGUUCUGGCCAACCAUCUAGACAUGAAGCACCACCGAAACAUCACCGAGGACCAAGUGCGCUUCUAUGUUGAAUCCGUAGAGCGGCCCCCGGGCAGUGCUCAGAUCCGCUAUGCGGAGUCCUCGCUGCGCAAUGGCUUCGGCCUCAAGUUCCUGUACAAGUGGUUCAACCUGCCUUUCCUCCAGCUGCAGCGGGAGAGCUUGCUGCUGCAGCUGGAGCGCAACAGUCAGGAGACAAACGCGACCAACGAUGAACUGGACAUGCUGCAGGAAUCUGAGGAGCAGAACUAUGAGUUGUUUGUUGAAACCCUUAACAAUCGGCGGCGGCAGAUGGCUGAACAGCUCUCAUCAGCCUCUAAGUUUGCAGAUGUAGCAGCCACUAUGCCAAAUGGAUUGCCUUCCAGUGCCACCACAGCCAACUUGGUUGGAGAGGCAGGCCGGAGACCUUCUGUUGGUGCCAAGGUGGGACCAGCACCUUCGCGAAGUGUGUCAGUGCCUAGCUCGCUGGGACACGAAGCACAGAGGGCAAUGGUAGGAUCUACGUUGCAUCCGCCACAAGUCCAACAGCAGCAGUCAUGGCUUCAGCAAACACAGUCACCCAGGAAGCCUGCUGUUUCACCUACAGUUGAACAAGGAUACCAUGUCCAAAAAGCAUCACCAGCUGCAUCAAAUAGUGAUGCUGUUGCUUCUACUAAAGCAUCUUCAGGAAGUGCACCAUCACCAACAGCAUCAGUGGGCACCCCGACAAAACAAGCUGCCGGCCUCAUGUCAAAACUUUUCAAUAAGAAGCCAGAGAGGGAGGAGUGUAUGGUGGUGCAAGCUGACGUGCAUGUGCCGCCACCAAUGAGCUCUUCAUCCAUGGCUGUUCACAAUGUUGAUGACUUCGUGCCAGAUGGUGAUGCCAGCUUCAACAGCUUUUUAGAAGAACGUGAUGCUGACAUUGGUGCUGCUGCGUCAUCUGCCCUUGACGACGAAAGUGUCAGCGAUGAGGAUGACUCUGGUGGCAACCCUUUGGUCACCGGGUUCCAGGACGAUGUAGACCCCGACGACUUUCGUCCAGGUCGGGCAGCUGGUGACUUUCUGGCUUCUGAGGUGCCUGUGAGCCACAAGGACUCUCAAGAUGAAGAAGAUGCUUUGUGUGGGGUUAGCAACAGCGCACGAGAGCCUUCAGAGGAAUCAUUUCUAUCAAGGGAAGAGAUAAGCCGAGAGGAUCCUGAUGGAACAUCGUCACCAGCUGCUCCUGAGAAUGUGCCAACAGAGCAGGCAUCAAAAUUUUGGAGCAUGCCCAGUGAGGACCUGAACUUUUUGGAGAAGAGGUACACUGGCCUUCCUCCACAGCUUGAUAAAGCCACUUCCGUGCCAAAACAUCAGCAGAAGCUUGGUGGUGCUUCUGGUGCAGCCAGCGACACUCACGAGGAUGAUGAUGCUUCCAUCACGAAGCAUAAGAAGCACAAGCACAAGUCCAAAAAGGAUGACAGCGAGAGGAGCCAGAAGCAUCGAAAAGAGAGGACCAAGGACAAGUCAAGCAGGGAUAAGGACAAAGGCAAUGAUGAAUCCAGUGACAAAGCUAAGAAAAAGUCUCACCGCAAGCAUCACAAGGCAGUGGAGGAAAGCUCUUCAGAUGCAGAAAGGCUGGAAGCUUUCCUGGGUGCUGCUGAUGAUGUUGGUGCAGAGCGAGCGGCUGAAGCAUAUGAAUCGUUGUGACAUAUCCACUUUGUAGAUAGUGGUUUUGAAGUAUACUAGUUUGUGCAGAGUCUCAGAACAUACAUGCUACCAUAACAGAAGAUGUACCAGAGAUAUACUUUAGGUUUGGAGUGACAACAUAACUUCUGGUAUCAGCAGCUUUCUUUCUACUGACAAUGGCAGCAUCAGCUUGAAGGUGCUGUUAAAGGUGAUGCUAAAGGACUUGUGCCAACAGUUUGCUUGUUCUUAUACCAUGUUGAUAUCACUAUUGAGGUAGCAAUACUCCAGCUUUUUAGGUAUUGCUUAACCUAUGUAGUGGUGCACAAAAGAUUGUCAGGCCAGAACUCGGCUGUAUUUGGUGUGCUUAAACUGAGCAACUGUAUGUGGAGCGCUUUGCCACUGCUACCACUGUGGCACUAGCCUAAUGCGGCACCUGAAUAGGGUGGCACUGUGUUGCCUAAUGAUGCUGCUGGCUACCGGCAAUACAGUCAUAGCGCGUGAACCCUCAUGCGGCAGGUAUUGUUGGAGGCUGGGUUAGUGUUAUGAACCAUACGGAAGUAGUGGUUGCAGUUAGAAUGUAAGACAUGUUUUUUGCUGCAUGUUAAGAGACACAAAAGGAAGACACAUAGAAUACAACACGGGUGGCACAAAGCCAAUCAUUAAGCAAGCGUAUUUGUCUCUACAGUUUUGAAUGCAGUAUCUGGCACAGGUGAUUACUGUGUCCCCUGGAUGGUGCAACAUGACCGAAGAGGGCACUCACUUCAAAAGGGGUCAGGCCUUUCUUCGCACAGAAUGCGAUAUAUCUUGCAUGGCAUGUCGUUGCAACGAUAUAACUGCCGAUUGUGUCGACACUAGGUAACGAGUUCAGAAAACGCGCACAAGAAGACAGGCUGGCUGUACUAGAAAUAUGUUGCUACCGAACUGCUUGUUGGGCUAGUUGGCCUAGUUGGUGCUUGCUAAAAGAUAUGUUUUUGCCACAAGUUAAAAGACACACAAAAGGUGUCUUCUGUGUGUCUUCCUUUUGUGUGUCUUUUAACGUGUGGCAAAAAACAUGUCUUUUAGCAAGCACCAACUAGGCCAACAAGCAGUUCGGUUGCAGUUAGAACUUGUAGCACUAGGCAGUUAUAUACAGCACACUGCACACGUCUUUCAUGUGCCAGCCAACAGUGUCGAUGCUGAGUAACUGAUAUUUACUACCGCUACCAGUGAUGCCUCUUUCACUGGAGAGAGUGACGGUAACCCAUGUUGUUGGGCUUUGCACCAGGUAAGCCAAAAAGUGUUUGCAAAGUAAAGUAUUCAGUGGUUGACAGGCAGAUAAGUUAUUUGCACCAUUAAUCUCAUUUUGUUUUGUGCACUGAAAGCGAUGUUCACUCAUGUUUAGGGAGCAUCAGAAAACCACCUUGACUUAUGAAAAACAAUUUUUUUUUCAUUUCUGAGAGAGUCAUUGUAGAUAGCAGUUCAUAGUUAAGUGUUGAUCUUUGAGGCACCCUCCAAGUGCUGUUUCCAAGGUACCAGCUCAAAUAAUUACAUAAAACACGGGGCGGUAACACAUUGGUUACUUACUGUGCACAGUAUUGUCAUUGGUCAUUUCAGGUCGUGCUUCCAAGUGCUGAUAGUCUGGUAACCCUUUUGCUAAAGUUCUCAGGUGGUGCCUGAAAGGCAGCCACAUGCAUGAAUUUGUUGUUCCUCCCAUGAUGCAGUAUCUUCUGAGUAGACUUCUAGGCAGCACAUUUCUCAAGGCAUCUCUUUGGCCACAAACAACUUUUGAAUUGGAAAAGACUGCCAAGAAAUGUACCCUGGAUUGUGUACACAACAGAUUUCAAAUUUGUCCUCUGCAUAGCAUGGGUGUGCUACAGCUAACCUGCUAGCAUGGUGCAUAGGAGACAUUGACAUGUCAGACUUUGUUGUAUUUUGUUGUAGAGUUGUUGUACAACUUUGUUGUAUUUACAUGCCAGCCAGUGACACUCUUCAAAGGCAGAGCUGUCACACCUGCAGGUAUUGAAAUCAGGGGCACAUUUAUGUAACUCCACUUUACAGGCUUGCAACUAUGUUGAAACAUGCAAUAGGUACUAUAUAUACUGCUUGCUGCUGCAGUGAAGCUAGCAAAUCUGAGUACUGUUUAGCUCUGUUGUUGCGAGUUAUUGGUGAACUUUGCUGGGGAAAGGCAGGUAUGUCUUCAUGAUUAAAUGCAAAUCAUCUUGUUUUUAUGGACCUGUAUGGUCACUGUGAUGAGCGCUCCUUAUUGAAUGCUUGAUUGUUGUGUACAAGAAUGUCAUGUUUAUGGAGGUUCCUGCGAAUAGAAACUUCUCGAGGCAUCAUUCUGUCCUCACUUUGAACAACUUCUCCUCAAAGUUUGCAUUUAUUGUUAUUUGUUUGCCUUUUACUGUGUUUCGUACCUUUCAGUUUGUAACCUCAUAUUCUUACAUUUUCUAAAGCAUGUUUGACAAGGUCCAGAUCAUAUGUACUUGUGGCAACAGUGUCAUACAUUUAAUUACUCCAGCUGGCCCCAAGUUGCUAUGAUCAGGGGUGGGACUUCUGCGCCGAUUGCGGCAUUUUGAUAUGAACACCGAUUCUUGUGCCAGACUGCCCCAAACACAGAAAAGUGACCAAAAUUGCAUGAUGCUGCGCCAGAACAACUUCGGCAUGUGCUCUCCGGCAGUGACCGUGAACAGCAAGUGGAUUCGUUCUCCGAAGAGAGAGAGGGAAUUAAACUUUAUUACAGGCGUAUUAGUUAUCGAGACCCUGGCAGAGGGGCUAGUGUGGAGGCCAUGUGGCUGCGACGCGGUUAGCCGAAUAUGCCAGCAUGACUUGGCAUUUUGGGUCAUCAGUCUUGAUUAUGCACUCCCAGGCCUCAAGCGUGGGAGGGGAGUUAGAUGGCACCCGUAAAGUAUGUGAGCUUGGUCUGCGAUUAGUGCCUAGCAGUGCCUGCUGUUAGGUUUAAACUCUUGCUUGGAAAUUUCAGCCAACCUUUUGGGGCUUAGCACGGAUCGAGUCUGUACCUGCCAUAGAGUCGUAGAGUCAGCCAGCUCCCGGGAGAUAAUCAUGCUUUGGAAUGGAUACGCUCUGCAAAAAUCCUUGUAAAAUUGAGGUAAUUCGUGAUAUCUCAGGAUGGGUUCAAGUCGACCAUCCAGGUUGAGCGUUACCACCUCCCGGUUAUCUGCUGCUCAAGCGGCUAGGUGAGCUGCUUCUUUACCCGGGUUGCCAGCAUGAGCUGUCACCCACAUCUGAUGGAUAGCGUCCUGAGGUUUGAGAUGUCUGCUUGCAAUGGGGUCGAUUUCCCCAAUACAUAGAGUAGCUUCUUAUGGCCCGUUUAAAGUAAGACACAACAAAUUUAACAUCAGGUAGAGAUGGCAAUUGCAGCCUCUUCCGCCUCCACAAUGGAGGACAUGCUGACCGUGGUGGAGCUAAUGGUCCGACCACAGCCAUCAGCGACAGCGAUUGUGCAACAGCCAUUGCCUGUGGAAGCAGCGUCCACGUAAAUGGCCAGUUGUUGCACCUCGGCUCCCUAGCCGAGGUGCAAAACAAUGAAAAGUAGGCUGAGGGCGCUGCAAACGCACUAGAUAUUAGGGAGGCGCGUGCAUCAGCGGAUUCAGCAGGCAGGCGUCUCUGCCCCCAGGGCCUAACGUAAAACUGUUUUUAUGGCCAUAUGGGCAAGGCCUGAGCCAUUUUGACCAAUCAUGAAGCAGAUUUGGAAUUAAAAUGUAUUGGAAUAUUUUUACGUUAUACCAAAAAGUUAAGCAUUAGGUGCUUUGGAAUCGCCUUGGUCUAUUUCGUAAAAAACAAAGUUGUAGUUUCGCCCGAAAGGUGAAGCAUCGAUUGCGAUAGCAAAUUCACAGACAGCUAUACAAAGUAAGGAUAGUAGUUUUAUCGGUCGUAUGAACUUGAAAUCAUUCACUUAAUGACUAAAUUAACAAGCAUGGUGCCGCGCGCACGAGUAAACGUGAACACAUUUCGCUCGAUAACCAUGCACACUCUCUGUCAAAACGCUGGAAUGAGGAAGCACAGCAGUAGUAGCCGAAUUGACUUUCGUGCUGCCUCUCACUUCAACGCGAACUAAGCGGUGAAGACACAGUGCACACGAAGCUGUUAGCACUCAACGCAUACAUUCUGUCCCCAUCACAGAUCACUUUCAGGAUAGGGCCUGUGCGGCCACGCCAUAUGUAGCCGCCGCCGGAGUAGAACGCCCCCUUCCUCCCCUCCUCCCAUUGCCUUGCACAUAAAGGAAGACAGCGUGCUUUCACCCCACUUUCCUCCCUUGUGCACACGAGAUUGAGCUGCCAUCGUCAACUCGCCCUCACACGCUUUCACUCGCACAUGCAGCAUACGGCAUGCAACGAUGGUGUUAUCACUUUCGGACUUCAUACGGAACAUCACGGUGAUGGCGAUACUGACAACACCAGCAUAAAUGUAGCUAGUGUGUCCAUAUAAUUGCUAUUGCGAUAAUAAACCACAGUAGUUCAUAACACUAGCUUCUCCAUACGGUGUGCUGGGGAAGCGCAUUUUUAGGCACUUCCCACAAUAAAGAAUAAUGCAUUUAUAAAAUAUGUCUUGUGUUGCAUUUCGAAAUUUCCGACUCGCUAUUGCAGAAUGUAUGCUUUCGUGAUUUCGGCCACGGCGACCGCAUUUCGAUGGGGGCGAAAUGCGAAAACACCCGUGUACUUAGAUUUAGGUGCACGUUAAAGAACCCCAGGUGGUCGAAAUUUCCGGAGUCCUCCACUACGGCGUGCCUCAUAAUCAAAGUAGUUUUGACACGUAAAACCCCAUAAUUUUUUAAUGCUUUUGUGAUUUCUAUCACUAAUUAAAAGUCUACGGGCCCUAUUACCAAAAUUUUGAUGCACUAGACAGUUUCAGAGUAAUCUGCUUCAGAAUUUAAAUUCAGCUUAAAUGGGCACUAAAGGCAUUAAGUAGACGUGGACUGUCUAAAUACCCUUCCAGAAACCUUGCAACGCUUGUUUUGUGCCAAAAAAGGACUUGGUUUACGAGAAAAUUGCAUCUGAAGGGUCCGAAUACCUUUUUUGAAAUUCAAAUCUCCCGCCACCCAACUGGAGGAGUGGCGACGUUGCAUUCACCAUCACUGCCCCUUGUUGACGUCAGUGAGUACAACAGCUCCUGACAGACAGCAGUACCAACCCAAGACAGAGCGGUGGAUUCGCCGCUGCAGCUGCUUUUCGGUCAAGUGGUGUAGACCGUUCGGGCAUCCCGCGACAUAACAUGGAAGUUGAAUUCUCUGCUACUUGCAGUUUGUGCGAGUUUAGCAAGCCAACAAAACCAGCGCAGCACUAUGCGAUAAUGAAACUGCUGAAACACGAAAGCGUGGGUGGUGCGGAGUCGAGCGAAAAUCGAACCUUUCGACCGCUUGCGUCGUUGUGAAGGGUAAUUUCAAUAAGUUCUUUUUUAUGAAAAUGAAUUAGAACUGGAUAACUAGCAUUUUAUUUCAUCUUCUAAUACAAUACAAUGAUGUAUUUUGCAACGAGUGGUUGACUACUAGUGGCAAAAUUUAGCUGAGGAGUGCUUUCGUAAUCGUGCAAGUGCUUGAAUGUACUGGGGGAGUCUCUAAUCACGUCCUGCGUUUACCUCAAUUUCUCGAUUAUUGAGCCCCUGCUUGCAAUAAUAUUGUCGUCUUAGAGCUUCUCAAGCACUAAUCCAUCACGUUAGCUUGACUCAAUAUUUGCCUUUAGUGUCCCUUUCAGAUGUUGAAGUACAGCGCUCUUGUUGGUUUAUUCUGUUUCGUUGUGGUUUAAAGUGUGCUGCCGUAUUCCAUAUUCCAUUAUUCUUCCAAAAUUCAGAUUGGCCUGCCCCAAACUGCUUUGAAAUAAUAAUUUCUUGGUCCAAAUUGCUAAAAAAUGCCAUUUUGUCUGCUUCAAAGUGUUCCAAAAGGCAAUUUUACUUGCUACAAAAAUUGCUCCAAGAUGACUUCGGGCAGUCCCAACCCUUUAUGAUAGCAAAUUCUGACAGUCAGUUGCUUGGCCUGGAAAUUUAACAGGGUUAGUUUGUGAGUUCUGAAUUGUACAGUUUCUCUUUUUCUGUGUUUCUUGUCUUGCUUUCUUGUUGAAAGUUUGAUUGUGUGCCUGUAUUUAUAGAGCACUAUAGAGCAUGACUAGUGAUGUUUCUUUGAAGUGACAUAAAAGGAAGCUUGGAGAAUA